AGAAAAAGAAGAAAGAUGUCUGAUGAAAAAACUUUCGACAAAACUGUUGAAAAAAUAAAAACAUUGUUUCAAACAACAGAAACAGUCACAGAGAGUGAAGCAGCAGGCCCAUCAGUUCCCACUGCAGCUGCUGCUAGGAGUGUGUUUGAAGAUCCCACAGUGAGAAAAAAGAAGAUCAAUGGGGAGUUGCAAAUCAUUGCAGAGAAAUACUCAUUGAAGCUUCCAACUGAUGUGAAGGUUGUUAAUGACUCUGUUCAUGGUCACAUUGAGCUGCACCCCCUGCUGGUGAAGAUCAUAGAUACGCCUCAGUUUCAGAGACUCCGAGACAUCAAACAGCUGGGAGCGGGAUACUGGGUCUUUCCUGGGGCUUCACACAACCGCUUUGAACACUCCAUUGGUGUGGCACAUUUAGCUGGAUGUCUGGUCAAGAGUCUGCAAGAGAAACAGCCGGAGCUAAAUAUUAACAAUCGAGAUGUUCUUUGUGUUCAAAUUGCUGGUCUGUGCCAUGACUUAGGUCAUGGUCCAUUCUCUCAUUUGUUUGAUCUGCUCUUCAUUCCUGCAGUCAAGCCUGAUUCCAAAUGGAAGCAUGAAAAAGCCUCAGUUAAGAUGUUUGAGCACUUGGUGAAAGAGAAUGGACUGCAGCAGCUGAUGGAAGCAUAUGGACUGAAAUUCAAAACUGAUCAAAAUGAAAAUGACCUUGUCUUUAUUGGAGAAUUAAUUAAGGGUGUGGAUAAAGACAAAAAAGACAGAGACGGAAACUUAAAGAAAGGGUGGUUAGCAGAGGGCAGGACUGAGGACAAAGCUUUCCUGUAUGAGAUUGUGUCAAAUGAAAGGAACAAAAUUGAUGUGGACAAAUGGGACUAUUUUGCUCGAGACUGUCAUCAUCUUGGCAUUUCAAAGAGCUUUGACCAUCAGCGGCUGCUGAAGUUCGCUCGAGUGUGUGAAGUGGAGAUAAAGGAUGAGGCUCAAAAACCGAGGCAAUCCAUCUGCUACAGGGACAAGGAGGCACAUAAUAUUUUUGACAUGUUUCGCACCAGAUACACUCUGCAUCGCCAGGCCUACCAGCACAAGACUGUCAAUAUUAUUGAAAUCAUGAUUAGAGAUGCCCUAGUAAAAGCUGAUGGCCAUUUCCAGAUCUCUGAAGCAAGAAAAGAUAUGGAAGAAUACACCAAACUCACAGAUCAUAUUCUUGAGAAAAUAUUGUGCCCUGAGUAUGAUCACAAAAAGAUACUUAAAAAAGCCCAAAGAGAUCUUAAAGAUGAAAAAACAAAGCCAGAUGAAGCCAAAAUAAUACUUGAAACCACUGCAGAGAAACUCAGAAAGGAUGCAGAAAAACUUCAAAAAGCUGCAGAGAAACUCCAAAAAGGUGCAAACAAACUUGAAAAAGACAAAAACCUAGAGACAGCACGAGAAAACCUUCAGGCCGCCCAAGAAAUCCUUCAGGAAGAAGAUCUUCAGGAUGCUAGAGAAAUAGUGAUGAAAAUUCUCAAAAGGGACCUGCCAAAGUUUCUUGGAGAGGCCAAAAUGGAGAAAAGAGACAAAUCAAAGGUAAAGCGUGACUGGACAGCAGCAGUGAAGAGAUGGAAUAAGGAAAAGAAACAAGAUCUGAAAGUUGAUGAUUUUGUGGUUGAUGUGGUUCUCAUGGAUUGUGGCAUGAAGGAUAAAAACCCCAUGGACAAUGUCUAUUUCUACCGCAAGAGGGACUUGGACAAAGUCUUCCUGAUUACUGAUCAGAUGUUCCUGCCAAAAGAUUUUUAUGAAGAACUGUUUAGAGUGUACUAUAAAGGCCCAGAAGAAAAGCUCAAGGAAGCUCAGCAGUGUUUUGAUGAGUGGAGCAGAGAAUAUUUUAAACCGAUGCCUAAGUGUUUGAUUCUGUUCUACGAUAAAGAUGAGUUUGGAGGCAACGAGUGCUUUAUCACAGGGGACUGUCCUUCUUUGGACCGCUGUGGUAUAGAUGUGGUCCGCUCUUGUAAGGUUAUCAAAGGCAUCUGGAAGCUCUAUGACGGUCAAGAAUACAAGGAGCCCCAUUACCUACUGAAGGAGGGGGAUUAUCCCAAUCCUGCAGCAUGGGGUGCCACAAACCCUGCUAAGUCUCUUAAAAGUGUGACAUUUCAGAUCCAGCUCUAUGAACAGGUGGAUCUGGUAAAUCCAAAACACGAGACCACUGUUGACUGUCCUUCUGUGGAGGAACAGUUUGGUAUAAAUGGGGUUCGCUCCUGUAAGGUGGUCAGUGGUGUAUGGGAGCUCUAUGAGGGGCGUGACUACACUGAGCCCCAUUACCUACUGAAUGAGGGGGAGUAUCCCAAUCCUGCAGCAUGGGGCGCCACAAACCCUGCUCAGUCUCUUAAUCGUGUGACAUCAUUUAAGAUUCAGCUCUUUGAACGGGAGAAUUUUGAAGACCCAAUGCAUGAGAUCACUGUUGACUGUUCUUCUGUGGAGGACCAGUUUGGCAUAAAAGCGGUUCGCUCCUGUAAGGUGGUCAGUGGUAUCUGGCGGCUCUUUGAGGAUCCUGACUACACUAAACCCCAUUACCUACUGAAGGAGGGGGAGUAUCCCAAUCCUGCAGCAUGGGGCGCCACAAACCCUGCUCAGUCUCUUAAACGUGUGACAGAGUAAAGUCUGACCCAUUUUAAUAUUUAAAGUAGGGCUGUCAGUUUCAAGCAUUACCUUAAUAUAAUUAAGUUAAUAAUAAAUAACUUUAACAACACAAUUAAUGAUUUACUUUGCAGAGGUUUCCCAGUCCAAUUCAGUAGGAAAGGUAAAUCAGGAUAAAAUCUAAAGUCAUUUGGGGUUGGAAUGACAUGAGGGUGAAUAAAUGAUUCAUUACUUGGCAUAUCAUACAAUUAAUUUGGUUAAAAUGGAUUGACAACCCUACUCAACUGCUGAAGUCAUGGCUUGUGUGUCUAUGUGAGCUGAUUUUGUGAAAAUACCUUAUAGAGAUGCUGAUGACAAAAAACAAUGAAAAUAAAAAUCUGAAAAUAUUUUAGUUCUUUAUAUAUACAGUAGGAUAUUUGGGCAUAAUGGCUGAUUGAUAUUAUUGUCUGAGCAGCUGUAUUUGGUGUUGUUGGAUGUUGGAUAUAGACACUAGCUAGUGUUUAACGGUAGAGGAUGAUGUUGAUGUUUAAGAGUGAUGCUAUGACAGGUUUGUUUGAUGAUUGAUUAAUCAGUUCAUAUUAUAUUAUUUCUUUUGUUAUGUGUGCAAAGAUUUGAUUAUGUUUCCUAUGAGUAAUUUUGGGUGUUACACAGUUUUAGAGAUUACAGUUUAUCUGGAAUGUAUCUUUCUUUUUUCUCUUAAUCUUUUAACCUUUCUGAAGAUGUAUCAGUUCUUAUCUGUGAUUUUGGGGAAAGCGUUAGUGAUUUCUGAAAAUGAUUUAUGAAAAAAAAAGUUUUGAUUUUUCAGUGACAACUCUUAAUAAAUAAAUUUGAUUGUGUUUCUUCUA